ACCAGGCCGCCCACCCAGCUCUGGAGGGGGCUGCGGAGGGGAGGGUGCAGGCUGGCUGCCGGUAUAUAAACCCCGAGAAGUCCCCCAGUAUGAACAUGAAUUUCUGAAAACUUCCUCUGCCAACACCAAUCCCUAUUAAGUCGCUCCCGGGACGCGGCUCACAAUGAAGUUCGUGCCGGCAGGCGUCGUGCCCUUCGUGGCCCUGCUCCUGCUGCAGCGGCGGCCCGUGGCCGGCCGGGCGCUGCUGGUGAGCGGCUCCGGCUGCCCCAGCCACGGCCUGUGCCGCUCCAACGUGCAGGAGCAGACCCGCAGGCAGGUGGCCGUGCUCAACGCCACCGCCCAGGAGCUCUUCAGCCUCUACCUGAAGUGCCAGGGAGAGCCGUUCAGCAGCGAGAGCGACAAGCUCUGCAACCCCGCCGGAAUCUUCUUCCCUGCCUUCCGCGUGAACCGGACGAGCGAGAGGAAGGAGGUGAUGGUGGCCAUGUACAAGCUCUUCGCCUUCCUCAACGCCUCGCUGGGCAACAUCACCCGCGACCAGGAGGAGCUGAACCCCAUGGCCAAAGAGCUCCUCGAGCGGCUCCACAACACCACCAAGACCACCCGAGGCCUCAUCUCCAACCUCACCUGCCUCCUCUGCAAGAACUACAACAUCUUCCAGGUGGACGUCAGGUACGGGGACAGCUCCAAGGGCAAGAGCGCCUUCAAGAAGAAGCAGCAGGGCUGCCAGGUGCUCAGGAAGUACGUGCAGGUCAUCGGCCAGGCAGCACGUGUCCUCCUACCUCAUCUCAGCCCCUCAUGAGCGCCCGCCCCGGCCACGCUGCCUCUCUGCUGCUGGGCGGCCCCCGCCGCUGCCUCCCGCAUUCCCGCCUUCCUAUUUAUUACCCGGACCCUGCGCCGGCCCCACCCGCCCUCCGG